AUGCAUGGUGUUUCUCGCUCAAGUAGGAGGUCGAAUACCGUCAACUUGCCUACACAGCUGGUUGUUGCUCAAGCCUUACAUGUUGGUUUUGUGGCUUCUCUGGAUCAAAUUGCUGAUGUCUUCACUAAGGGGUUGUCAUUGCUUCGUUUCUCGUCCUCGAUCUCCAAGCUUCACUUUAUUCCUCGCUCACUUUGCUUGAGGAGGGGGAGGGGGGGCAGGGGCAGUGAUAAGCCAAAGGAGGCCACUGACUCUAAUACAGGAAAGUGA